AUGGCAAAAGUCCAAAAGCCCAAGGCUCCCCGCCCCGAAAUUCUUAUGCAGACCAGAAGCCGUACUGCCAAGUCCUCUUCAGACUCGAGCUCUACGAAUGGAUCUUCAGAUCAAUCUUCAUCACCAAAGAACACCACCCCUCCACCAGCAGCAGGAAAAGUAUUUUCUCCAGGAGCUACUAUCCCGGAAACACCAAUGCCUUCUCCUUUCAGAGAAUUGACUGCCCCACCACUGGCAGCAGAUCUUGUCACUUCACCAAAAAUCACUUCUUCACCCAAAUCAGAAACUCCCUCUUCAUCAGAUGGUAUUGUUGGUCCGUCCAGUACUACUUCCCCUGUGAUUGAAGCUAUUGGCUCUGCUGAAUUGGCUGCCACUUCUUCUCCAUCAGCUUCCAUUGUUGCACCACCUGCAGAUACUUCUCCUGUGAUUGAGGAUACUGUCUUUGAUGAAUCAUCUCUCACUUCUUCUCCACCGGGUGCCACUGCCUUGGAACCAGAAGCCAGUGUCUCUGCAGCAGCAAUUUCUUCCCCUGACAAAGUGUCAAGCACCUCUCCACCAGCAGUUGAACAAUCUCCAUACAACCUGCGUAAGCGCAAAGCUUCAAGCUCUGAUGAUGCUGAAACUUCACGACCACCACCAAAAAAGCAAGCUCAACUCCAGAUGCGCAAGGAUGAAGAUUUUCAAUCAUUCAAAAGUCGUGUUGUUUGGCCAGAGCACAAUCAAGCUGCACCCACUUAUUACCAAGCUGACGGUAUAACUCCUUCUGGACCACUUCCUAACGGUGCCAAGGUAGUUUUUCUUCGUCACAAUGAUCCUGCUCCUCCCAAGUCCAAGUCUGCCACUGAACUUGUCGAUGCUGAUCAUCAAUCAAACUCUGAAACCCAGUCUCCCAAGAAAUCUACCCGUGGUGGUGCCAGCAAAGGCCGCGGUGGUAAUUCUGGAAAUGGUGGUGGAAGAAAGAACAACAAACAAAAGCCCAAGAACGGCGGUGCCGGUGGUGGUCGCGACAGUCCAGAUCCACCUUUUCGCAAGGCUCCUUUGACUCAGGAUGAACGUGUUGAAAUCUCCAUGCUCAAAGCAAGACAGCACGAACUCAAAAAGUUUUUCUCUGCAGUUGGAAAUCAACAACUUGACAUUCUUGACAAGCUUGCCACCAAGGAUUUGACCAAGCUUGCCAACAAACCAAAAGCACACAAACACCUUCCAGAGUAUGAUGAAGUCACUGAGGAACUCGCGGUACUGAUGGCUGAACAACAAGAAAAUUUCCGUAAGAAACGUGAGAUUGAAGUGAACGCUGAGAAAGUGCGUAUGGAAGCUGAGAGGGAAGUCAUUGAGCAACAAUAUCGCACACGUGUAAAUGAAACCAAGAAAGAACAUCUUGCUGGCGCACAAGGAGAUAUCAUCUUGUUUGAACGCGCUUAUCGUGCAGCUCAUGACGACACGCACACAGAGACAGGAUCUGACAUGGAUUAUUUCCCACAUUAUCACGAAUGUCCCGAACCUAAUGCUCGCCCCCGUGGAUACGUCUCUAACAAAAUCAUGGAUGAAAAGCCAUUCAUGAGCGCCCUUGAAACCUCCUACGACGACCAAGCCGUGCAACAGGUCUUGGAACAAGACGUCAUCAACCCUCUCUUGAGGCAGAUCGAGGAGCGCAACAACGAGUGGAGAGAAGAGGCGUUCCGCAGAAAGACAAUGAACAUGGAUACCCUCUCGGAGGAAGCGGCCAAGGAGCUGGAAACCAUCAAGGGAUAUCUCAUCCCAAGACCGUUUGAAAUGAUGGACAGCAACUCAUACUCCUUGUCGGCCCUCGCAGAUGUCGCCGAGUGGACCGCUCAGCGGUAUCCUGAGCACCACUACAUUCAUAUGCCGCUUGCGCCCGGUGAUAUCUACCCACGUCAGGGUCUGGAUUUCUCCCCCAGGCCCGGUGGUAUCUCCGCCCCUCCUCCUCUCUCUCUCCCUCCUCUCGCCCCCCCUCCACCACCAACCACUCGCCUGCUCUCGGCCAGUGGUCCUGGACAAGCAAUUGCACCAGCACCACCCAAGCCAGUAACGAGGUCGUCGUCGGUCUCCUCCGCCUCUCUGCCGCCUCCUCCUCCCUCCUCCUCUCUCCGAGCUGCGCGCCUGGGGUCGCAAAGCACGCGGCCAACAGCGGGGAAUGGACCCCAACAAUUCAUUUUCCAACCACCCCAGCAACCCCUCCAGCACCAGGCUGCCCCUGGUCCCUCUCCGACGGCCCAAUACGGCCCCACUGGCACUGCAGCGGGCGCUGUGCCGAUCGGACAGCAGACAAAGAUACCAAUGACGUUCAUCAACAGUACGAUCAAGGUGUCGAGGAACGCUGCUGCCGCUUCGGCGGGUGGGAACGCUGGAGUGGGGGGUUCUUCUGUCGGUGUUGGUGGUGGGGUGGCGCCCACCAAUGUUAAGGGUGGUCAGAGGAUGUUGUUGCCAAAGAUGCAGCAAUAG